AUGCAGCGGCGUCGUCAGACGGAGCGAACGCUGACACAAUCAACGUGCGGCGCCGAGAGGCCUGCCAAAAUCGGGACGCAGCCGCGGGCGAGCAGAACGGGCAUGGCCAACGCCUCAUGGACCCUCGCUGUACUGGCAGCUGCCUUGCUCGGAGCUCAAAUGGGGAUGGGAGCUGGAUGUGUUCCUGGGCAGUGCAUGGCGCAGUGCCAGAGCGUAGGCAGCAGCGUGGGAAGUUGCUCGCCACAGGGAUGCAUCUGCGGCACGUCUCCCGGAGGGGGCGGGCGAGGGGGCGUGACGUGCAAUAACGCGCGCUGCCUGGCGACCUGCCGGGAGUACAACCCUUCCGUUGUGAGGGCUUACUGCAGUAGCACGGGAUCUUGCAAGUGCGAGUGGCUACAGCCGCCUCACGAGCCGUGCAACGUCCUCAAGUGUGACAGGCAGUGCCGCAUGGAUUCCAGGAAGCCGCUGAUGAACGCCCGCUGCGCCCCCAAUGGCUCCUGCAAGUGCACCUACCGGGAGGUCUGCGACGAAGGCUUGUGCAGGCAACAGUGUUUGGCAAGGCAAACAGGGAAUGCACGAACAGAGUCGUAUUGUGGGAAGAACGCGUGCCACUGCAGGUACAGCCGAGUGGUGUACACACCAAACAAGCGAUAGGCGGCGGUGGCGUCAUUGGUGACCACUCGCAGCCUUCUUCGUGUGGGCGUUGUUAAUAAACGGCUAGACUUCGU